AUGUCUGUCACGACGGCAGAGGUAGAGAGAGCUGCUAUUGAGGAUGAAGGCGGUGAGGACUGGGAUACUCAGUACUGCCGCCGCCUGCAAGAGGAGAUUCUGUCGAGCAGCCCCAGAAACAUUCAAGUCGCGUCGAACAUAGGCAGAGACGAGAACGUCGAGAGCUUCAAACAAGCAGCCCCUCACCAAGGUGAAGGUACUUCGUCAUCUACGGAAGGCGACCCGGAAGUCCUUGAAGUCGAAUCUUCCAACCAUGCUGAGCAGUCCAGGCCAUUAACCGCGCAUUGGACCACCCAAGCUGACAGCGCGGACAACAAUGCUCCAACAGCUCUUUCAAACGCCUUGUCGAACAAAUUGAGAACCCCGGACUCCAGCGGUAGAAUCGAUCGCCCAGCUCGAGUGGAGAAAAGCCGCGCGGAAAUGGAGGGCUUGACACAGAUAAGCUCUCUGUCACCGACACAAGAGAAUUCUGAAUCAGCGUACGAGCAGUUCAUGCUUCAAAGAGCCAACGAUUACCAUUCGACUGCGGAUGCGCCAGAAAAGGUGGACGAUCUAGACCAUGCGCCGACUAGCGAUUAUGAUUCUUUGCUUCCCAAACAUCACUCAGCAAUCACCGACUCCACGGCACGUACAUAUCGAGAGGAUGAUACUGGGCAUGUUUAUUUCGAUGAAUUCGUGCCUGAAGAGCACCCUUUGGGCGAUAAGAGUCCAGAAACGGAUCCCGUUUCUCAAGAUGCUUCGUAUGCGCCAAGGGUGGAGGAUUUUUCGUAUAGAGAGUCAUACGAGCCCCAAACUCCAGCUGCGCCUGUCAACCCAUUCUCCAACAAGGGUAGUGUGUUGAAGGCACAUGAGAUGUUUGGAGCAACACAGUCGUCAUCCAUCGGUCGACACAUCGCGAGUGUCACGUCUUCGCGACCUUCGCCCGAUGUCUACAAUGAUUUUACCUCUCCCCCAAAGCGGAUACUCUCUUCACCACUGGCUCGGCACGUGAGGGUAGAUGAGACAACACCGCUACAAUCUUCCGCCCGAACAACGCUUCGCUCAAGGUCGAUGGAUUCGCCGCAUGGGACAACAAGUACUCGGGUGUCAGGGGUACAAUCCUUCGAUGUGGGACCGAGAAUCCAGUUGCAAAGUGCAGCACGCGAGCAGCUGCCAUAUAUUUCUAUGAAGGAAUCACAAGAACGACGAAUGAAGGAGACGAGUCGUUCAUCGCCAGAUUCUGAGACUGAAUCCGAUUCUGAUAUUGAUGAUAUACAAAGAAAACGUCAGCAAAGAAGACGGAGGGAGCAGGAAAUACGGAAACAGCUAUCUAUCGUUGAGUUGCACAAAAAUCCGAAAACUUCCCGUAGACCUCGCUCCUCGAGCCCGGACGUUGUCGAAGUACCAUCAUCCACAGGGAGACGUCGCUCGAUCGAUGAAGAUUAUAUUGCUCAAUGUGAAGGCAGAGACGCUCGUGACACUCAGCAAGAUGACAUUAUUGCCGAUUCUCAAGGUGACACUCAGCGUCUUGAGCAGACGGAAGCCGCAGUCGUAUCGAAGGAUGUUGUUCCUUCUUGGACGGGCUCCGUUGGAACAGCCGACUCGAAUGUACCUCCUUCGUCAAGUCUACGGCCACAUAAGCAUGAAACUGAUUCGGAACCCGUUCCCGAUUUAGAUUCAAAUACAAAUAGCGAGCAGAACUCUAGUCCACCAAACGGACCUGCUUCUCCUCUCCAGCAACAAAAUCUGCCACCAAGUCUUCCUCUCAAUGAAGUAUCUACAAAUCGCACUGAUCUACGAACACCUAUGGCUAGCAAGGACCAGGUAUUCUCAGACGGUGCCGAUGUUACUGUUCCAGAGACGAGUCCUUCUGGGGAUCGCAUACGCCCGAUGGGGGAGAUCGCAAACAUAUCGUUUGCUGAGAAUAAUUCUGAUGAAGCGCAAGAUUAUCCGGGAUUUACACAGGAUACUGAAUUUGAAAACGCCAUUCAGCCUCGGUCAUCUCAUCCGACCCCGAAGCGGACCAGGGCCAAGCGCAAUCCUUUUCCUGCUUUUGCUCCACCAGCUGCAGAAUCAGAAUUUCCGAGGGUCUCAAAUGAACAACCUGAGGUUCCUGCUGCGGAUGAACCAUCAACAUCGGCUGCGACCAUUUCUGAGGAACGUGUCAAUGAUAGUGUUGAGGCAGUGUUAAGUACUUCCAGUGUUAUGGUUGUUGUGCAUAGCUCUCUACAAUCCGUGGCAGACUAUACAGAGACAGGAAGAGCAAAUGAAGACGGCCCAGAAAAUCAAGACGGUGAUGAUGCAGACCACAUUCCUCAGGGAUCUGGGAAGAGAGAUGGCCUCCGCUCGAAGGAAAACUUGAAAGGUCCCUCCCGAGAAUUACGUCGCUCUGGACAAGCUGUAACCCCAAAGACUUAUAUCACACCUCGGCAAGCUUCACGAGUCUCGAAGAAGAGCUCCACAUCCACCGUGAGCCCGGCUCGGUCUGCAAUACUUAACUCGGCAGCCUCGAGCGAUUUGUCUGUCCCACCAUCGCCCAUUUCCAUUCCAGAGGGCUUAGCUAUGCUGCCUUCGAUGCGAAAAGAAAGUCCUAUUCCAAGCGCAAGACGGCGUGGGCGACCCCCCAAGGCAAAGGUAGAUAUUGAGCAAGAACCUUCCCCAGCACCUGCUAAAAGGUCUCUCAAACGCAAAUCAUCUUUUGCAGAUGAACCUCAUCUCACCAAACGAUCAUCCAAACGUCAAUUGGCAUCGCAUCCGGGUAGAGAUAGCCCCGAUCCCCUUGCCAUGACAAACCUCCCCUCAAUUGCCGUAAGACAACAGAAGAGGGCAGGUGGACUGUUCAACAAGAUGGCAUUCGCUGUCUCGUACGUCAACCAAUUUCAGGAGAAGAAUGUUGUGAUAGCUCUUAUCACGGAACAAGGCGGCCAGAUCCUGGAAGAUGGAUUUGACGGUUUAUUUGAGCCAACAUCAUUCUCAAAAUCACGAACUAAUUCUGCAGACGAUGUAGAAUUAACUCUAUCACCGGUAGCGAGCAGGAUCGGCUUCGCGGCUUUGAUCGCGGAUGAACAUUCAAGGAAAGAGAAGUAUAUGCAGGCACUGGCGCUUAGCCUUCCGUGUAUCUCAGGACGGUGGAUCUCGGCUUGUGUUUCAAAAGGCGAAAUCCUUGACUGGGGUCCUUACCUACUCUGUGCCGGUCAAUCUUCAUUCCUCGGCAAUGCUAUCCGCAGUCGUACCUUACAGCCUUACCCCGCCGUCGAUGCCAACUUUCCAGAGACUUUCUCCAACAGAAAGAAAUUCCUGAAUGGAAAGUCCAUCUUGCUUGUCACAGGCAAAGGUCGUGCCGAGGACAAACGAAAGGCCUACAUCUUCCUAACACGCGUUCUGGGACCUUCACGCAUUGAUCAUGUCCCGGACUUGGAGCAAGCGCGAAAGAAGCUUUUGGACUCAGCAGAGCAGACUUGGGACCUUCUUUACGUGGAUGGUAAUGAGCAACAUGCUGAAACUGUUGUCUUUGGUCAGACGCCUACGACCAGUGUCGGCUCAAGGAAACGGAAGAAGGGUCCCGUUCCGGCUAGCGAGAAGCCGAUACCAGAGGAGAAGAGAAUCAGGAUCAUCAGCGACGAGGUCAUGAUCCAGAGCCUUAUCCUAGGUCAACUGUUGAUUGAGUAAUUCUGCGGAUGGGAAUGCGUGUAUUGUCGGAAUAUCGUCCCGGCGCAUUACGGCCGAUUGAUCGGUCAAUGUCGGAUUUCAGCCAACUGGCAGAAGGCAGAAGGAGAACUAUUUACUGUACGAUUAUUUUGCAUGGCGUUUGGAGAGGGCAUUACAUUGUACAUAUCAUAUUGAGGCGGAUUUGCUAAUACUCUGCAUCAGGAAGGGUCUGGGCUAGAGGAGUUUACUUGCUAUGAUACCAUGAGGACUUGGCGGGCCCAGAUACAAGGAUAACCAGGGGGGAUGGAGAGUGUAUAUAUCUGAG